AUGGGUCAGUGGGGGUCAGAGGCGGUGGCCACCGGGCCCCAUGGAACGCCCCCCGACCGCCUGGGGUGCCGCAUUCUCCCGCUGGAGGGCCUGCAAUUUGAAAUUCUGAACGAGGGCUCUUCUUUCAGGCCCCUUGCGCCCACAGUGCUGUCCGACGUCAUGGAGUCGUGGGUUAGGAGCUUGCGCCGGCGGCCGUUAACCCACAGGGCUGAGCCGGCGGACGGCCAGGAGAAGCUGGGCGUGACGCGGUGUGACCGCGAAUUACGUAACGUCCCUUUGGGGGCUACAAAAAACGGGGAAGGGGCCUUUGCCGCGGCUGCGCCGUUGUGCUGGCUGGGAUGA